AUGAAUACUUCUCCAGAAGAUUACGAGCCACCUGUACGAGACAACUUUGCCUCUGCAGAGAGUGUUCCACUUUUUAGAUCUCCAGAGAAACAGCCUCGAAUAAGGCAUUUGACAUCAUGUUGUUGUUCUUCACGCAAUUUCGCCACAUUUCUGUUUGCCAUAAUGAGCGUGACAGGGCAAAUAGCACAAUACGUUUCACUACCUUUGUGGAUAGACAGUACAUCACAGCCAACGAUCUCUUCUACAAAUCAGUCGAUAAAAUGGAAACCAACAGUGGACAGUUAUUUCGUAGCUUCAUUCGCUGCUCUUUCGUUCGUAAUUGUAUUUGGCUUUGCUCUUCUUUGCUGUAAUAUUAUUUGCUCAAAUAACUUGACGGAAAUAGACUGGAGUUAUCGUCGUUUGCUACUCCUGCUUGGUUCCAUUCAAGGAGUGUCCGCACUAUUUAUUGUGUUUUCUAGCAGUGGGGAAAGGACACCUCCUUAUUUGCAGGCAAUUCUUGGAAAUUUCAGCAUUCCCAUAACACUAUUGUUCCGGUAAGAAUCAAGUAUUUUGGGCUACAAACCUAUUCAGCUUGUAAGUUUUGUUUUCCCAAUACAGGUCAUGUGAUAAUAACUCUAGAGAACUGUUUCUUUCAAAUUUCGUCUUAUUCACCUGCAUAUAUAUGUACGCAAAAUUUAUGAGAGAACAAAGGGUCCAGUUCCCUUGAGACCUCUAUUGGAAAACAAAACAUACAAGCUAAUUAAAAGAGGUCUAUUUUGCAAUUGCACGCAUGUAGCAAUAUUAUUAUGCAAAGCUGCCGUAAAUUAACGUUAAUAUUUACUUUGAACUCACCAUCUGUCUUUUCACUGGCUAAGAGCCUACAAUUAAUUUUGGAAAUCAGCGCAUAUAUAAAACUCAGCCGUUGAGACCUCAGACUCCUAGAUGUCUUGAAGACUCAUGACUGGAAAACUCAGACUCCUGAAAAACUCAGACCCCUUUUUAAUAUCGAUAUGAUCAGGGAUGAUAUCACAGGGUGAUUCAGGUCGACCAUGACACUACUCCAUCCUUCAGGGAAUGACUGUGCAUUUUAACACCACCGAGAGUUUUUCUAUUUGUUGGAUAACAUACGAAAAAUCCUAGUGACUAGAAAACAUCUGUGUCCUGGAAAUAAUUUAUUGUGCCUUGACCUGGAAUGAACGAAUACAUGCAUUAUACAACCUGGUUAAUUAUGGACACCGAUCGGGCAUGUCAUAGCAUCUGUUGUUGACAUUAAAACCUUUUCCUCUCGUUUGUUAGCUGGCAGCUGACUUGUUUGUUUCAAUAUGGUAGUCUAUAUUGUGACAUGGUGAAAGUAUCAUGAAUGCCUCCCCAUCCACCCCCCCGGCACCCUCUCUCUUGCCGCUCGCUGCUGAGUCAGUUACAUGCACUCUGCUAUCUCAAAAAAUAACAAAAAUAAAAGAGAGUGGGACUGCUCGUGGUCUAUGGUAAGUUAUAAUAAUUUGAAAACAUUGAAUUUAAGGUGUGUGUUUUCGAGACAUCCAAGGGUCUUGGUUUAUUGGGGGUCUGAGUUUUCGUGACACCUCAACCUACAGAUUCUGUAGGUAAUUGGCAUACAAUGGCAUGAUUUCCAAGAGCAUGUCAUCGGUAUGUUUGUCAUUUUCUUUAAACAAAUUAUGAUUAUUGAGUAAAAAUCAAUGUUAGAUUUGUUUGUUUCUUUGUUUGCUUUUUUGUGGAAUCUUGAAAAUAAGGUCUUGCUAAGAUGGCUGAGGCCAAUAACACUUAAUUCAACCUUGAUUAUUCCAGAUAUCACAAAAACUUAUUAAGUGGACAUGCAUCCCCUUUAGUUAUGGUCCCUACAUAUUUCCUGUAAAGCUGAUUAAACUUAUAUAUCCUCCAAUUAUAGUGCUGAAUCCACAGCUAAAUUACAUGUAAUUUCCCUGAUGACAAAUCGUGUGUUAAAAAGGGGUUCCUGAAAGCCAAAGUAUCCCAGGAUUGAUUUAUAUGAGAUAAGUGGUGAAAUGAACCAGCCUAACUAGUUUUUCACAUGCAUGCUUAUGUGAAAUAUAUGGUGUGAAAAAUGUUUACGUGCAGGUCUCAGUAAUACUGUACAAUAAGAAUUUGUAGUGCAUGAUUUUUGCAGGGGUACAGUUUCGAACCCUGGCCUCAAUAGAUGGAAGUUGGGGCUGGGCGACCUGCAGUGCUUGACACAGUAGAUCUCUUCAACUUGUAAUGUUUUGUUUUCCCACUAGAGGUCCGAGGGGAACUUGACCCUUUGUCUUUUCAUAAAUCAUGCAUGGAUCAUGCAAUGUGAAUAAGACAAAAUUUGAAAGAAACGGUUCUCUAGAGUGUUGUUACAUGACCUGUCAUGGGAAAACAAAACAUAUAAGCGAAAGAGGUCUAUUCAUGUCAGAGCCCUCCGUUUCACUCAAGAAGACAAAACUCAGGCGAGGCUCUUCUUGCAGGGUGAUCUAGGCCCUCCUGCAUGCUGUAACUAAUUGAUCGUUGUUGUUGUUUUUUAUUUCAGGUUUCUUUUUUUAAAGAAGAUUCCCACCAUGAGAAAGCUCCUAUCUGCAGCCAUUGUUGUCCUGGGUCUUUUUAUUUGUCUCAUUCCGACAAUAUUUCCAUGUAUAGAUCCCAAAGCCUCAAACAAGCAUGAUCUGGGAGGAGCAACUGGACUUGCUAGAAUCUUUUGGCCCAUAGCUUUUAUGUUUGGAUUUGUAAGUAAGAAAUUGGUUUCUUGCAAGUAUUAUAUUGUAUCUUAGUGUUUUUGUUUCUUUUUUUUAUUAUUUUUUUUUGUGGCAAUACCUGUAAAAUAGUGAUACUUGCAAUACUGUAAUCAGCUAAGGGUAUUAGACCACAUUAAGAAAGAUUACUUUCUUACUUACUUUACUUACAAGCAGUAUGUAUAAUAUAACCAGUGACUCUUCUUGACUGAAUGUCUGAUUCAUUCAUUGCCUUUGUCAUUUUGAAGAAAAGAGAAUUAAAGUGAUAUCCUAAGUAUAUCAAUCCUCUUAUUAGCAUUUUUGUUAUCACUUCAAUGUAAGGCUAUGCUCACACUACCGGAUAGAUUUUCGUGGUGCUAUGAAAACCCUCCAAGUUGCGACCAUUUUGGUCGCCAUGGCGCCUAAAAUUUUGGAGCUGGCAACUUGAUUUGUAAAAAAGUCUCCCUAAACCAAAAGAGUUGAUUGCCAAAUGGCGACCAAACAAAAACUUUAACUUGGAGGGUUGUAUCAAGAGCUGUCGGGUGUAGUAUGAAGACCUAUUCGAUAUGCGACUCUCUGCUUUGGCGAUUGAUGUGGCACAGCUUCUCUCCGUCACAGAAAUCGCGCUGCCACAAACUUUCUUGUGUGUGGACAGAAGCUCCAUCCAGUACGAUUUCCAUGGUGGUGCAAAUGCUUGUGGUGUAGUGCAGAGAUGCCAACCUCUGGAGACCUAAAAUCGGGAGACUGUCUUUUUUUCACUUCCCCCCCGGAAUUUCAACAACCCCCCACCUCCCCGACAAAUUGACCCAGCCCCCAAUGGGAAUGACUUAGGACAUUAUAUGAUGUCUUACGUGAUGUACAUACUAUCAAAAUUCGAAAUCAUCGUUUUGAUGCUAGAAAUAAUCUUUGUCACGAUCAAUGACUAAAUACGUGCAAAAAUGCCCCAGAAACCGUACUGCGAGUAAGAAAAAUUCAAGUUUUUAGCUAAAAAUGGGCUAAAUCUCAAACUAAGUCUGUUUUAUUUUUUACUAAGUAUUCAAUAUUUAUAUUGGACGUAAAAAGCGGGAGAUUUAUGUACCAAAGCGGGAGAGCGCGAGACGAGGCAAAAAAGCGUAAGUCUCCCGCCAAAAGUGGGAGAGUUGGCAUCACUGAUAGUGUGAACCAAAAAUUUCGCACCUCUGUUAGUGACAUAUACAGAACUCCUAUGAUUAGGUUAAGAUCAUAAAAUUAGUUUGGCUGACAAUUUGAUGGCAAAUGAUUAGUACCAUGCGGCUCCCCAAAAAAUCUGCUGGCCGUCUGUUGGCUGACUUUCAACCAACAGUCGGCCGACAAACGACUGACAGUCAGCCAACAGAGCAAGGGAAUUAACUUGUACAUUCUGAGUCAAUUUCUGCAAUCUGUAGAGACAUUCCAGAAUCAAUCUUUUGAUCCUUUUUGCUUGAAAUAAUCCCUAGAUGUGAUGUGAUGUUUUCAUAAAUAAUUUUUUUACAUAAAUGUUAAUAUGUAAAAUUGUAAAAAAAUAGUAUUCAUUGCAUAAUUUUAAGGUAAUUUUAUAUUUCAUUUUCAGUAAAUAAUUAGAGUUAUAUAACUGUUAACUAUUUCGUUCUUGUUUUGUUUUGUUUGUUUGUUUUAUUUCUUUUAAGGGAAUUACAGGCACUGCUUUUAUUGUUGAAGAGAAAGCUGUGAAAAUGGGAGGAAAUGUCGGCCAUAAUUCUCAAGCUAGCUUGUUAUCUGUCUUGUUCUGGACCUCCUUAUCACAAUUUCUAGCUUUGUUGCUACUAUUCUGGACUGACAUAAUCCCUGGCUUUGGACAUACAAACAACAUUCAUGAAUUCAUUGCCAAGUGAGUGCUAUGAAUAGCAGCCAUUAUACACCUUAUAAUAAUAUUUCAAAAUCUCAGUGGCACUGUUUAAUUUUUGUUUUAAUUUUUAAUGUGGCUAUAAUUUAGACAAAAUUAACCUUGAAGCAAUGCUGGUCAGCAGUUUCCCCAGCUAUACUAGGGGUGGCCUGAUGCCUCUAGCAGGGGCACCUCGUGACUUAUAUAUGCAGUUGCUUGCUUGCAGUUUGUCGCAAAGUGUUGUUGCAAUAGCUUGCUUUUUGCAUGCCAUUUUGUGCUUUGGGCUUUAUGUUUGUUUGUUUGUUUCAUUUCUGGCAGAUUCGAUUCAGCAUUCGUCAAUUAAAGUAUAUUUAUCUGCAGUUCGCUCCUUGCACAAUGAGCAAGGUUUUACUGACCCUUUGCUUAAUUGCCUGUGGCUUCAAUGAGUGUUAAGAGGGGUCAAGCGUUCCCAAGGUUCCCCGGCUGAUCGGCACCUUCCGAUUACUGACAGCCUUCUCUCGGUUAUUCAUUGGGCGUUGGACCUCGAUAUUUUUUAUCAUUGGGCCUUUUGGACAACCUGCAUGCUGGGUUAUUUUGGUUUUCUCCGUGCUGCAGAAUUUACAGUCCCCAAUUUAGCUAGCUUUUCUCCAGCUAGUCAUCUAUCAGUGGCAGACAUUGCAGUGGAUUUGCUCCAGUCGCCAACCUGCCUCCAUGUUCAGAUAAAAGCGUCAAAAAUGGAUCUGUUCCGUCAGGGUUGCCACAUCCAUAUUGGUCUGGGAAGGGCACCCCUCUGCGCAGUUCAGGCCUUUCUGGCUUACCUCUCCUUGCGAGAAAAUGUCCCUGGCCCCUUGUUCUUACUGGCGAAUGGUCAACCUCUGUCUCGCUCAAUCCUGACUGAUUGGCUGCGGCAACUUUUCUCCACCGCAGGGAUUGAGGGCAAUUUUUUCCAGCCACAGCUUGCACAUUGGGGCAGCCAUGGUAGCAGCUCGCAAUGGUAUUCCGGACCACCAAAUUCAGGCUCUUGGAUGUUGGCCUAGCAAUGCUUACCUGAGCUUUAUAUCUGCACACCUUCUGAAGCUCUUGCAGGCAUCUCUAGUCAGCUGGCUUGACAUCACGUGUCCUUGCCAUUUGUUAUCCACAGCUCCUUUGACAUUGCAGUCGAGUUAAGUACUGAAUUGCCCUGGGCUUGCACCGCGGUUUUUUGGUAUUGCUCUCACUGUCAGCUGCAUUCCGUUGGUAAGUGUGUUGUCUGUUUUUUUUUUUUUAUGCAACUGCUGCCGCUUGGUGCUUGGGGUUGUUGAAGUCAGAGGUUCCAUUUCACCCCUUUUUGCUGUCCCCUCCUUUUUCAAGCACCGAGGAGAUUUUGGUUGGGUGGGCGCCGCUCGCAGGGUUGCCAUGGAUACCUCCUCCUCAUGCUAAAACAUUGCCCGGAUCCACCAACUUUGUAGGCACCAAAGCCCAAGCUCAUCUAUUGGUGAUGAGUUUAAAUGUGGCUAAAUGUAAUUUAGGCAAAGUUAACCUCGAAGCAAUGCUGGUUAGCAGUUUCCCCAGCUAUACUAUGGGUGGCCCGAUGCCUCUAGCAGGGGCACCUCGUGACUUAUAUACGCAGUUGCUUGCUUGCAUUUCUUCGCAAAGUGUUGUUGCAAUAGCUUGCUGUUUGCGUACCAUUUGGUGCUUUGGUUUUUUCUCAUCCCUCCCUCCCUCUUGAGGUAUGGGCCAGGUAGGUAUUGGUCGGUAAGUAUUCCACUGAAUUGUUCAUUGUGACUGUGCCUGGUAGGGGCCGCUCGCAGGGUUGCCAUGGAUACCCCCUCCUCAUGCUAGAGCAUUGCCUGGCUCCACCAACUUUGUAGGCACCAACGCCCAAGCUCAUCUAAUUGUGAUGAGUUUAAUUAUAUUUAUGUUAAUUAGCCUUCUUUGCCUCAAUUGCACUCUUGCUGUAGAAUUCAAGAGAUAAAUUUUACCUUAAAAUGAGGCAUCAAGAGUUAGUCAUCAUAAAGGAAAUAAUAAAAUAAUUUGAUGCCAUCUUGGAAUAAAAAAAAAUUAAACAAAGUAACGGUAUUCGUUGUUUCAAACGUCAAUCAUUAUCAGUAUUAUAAUUUUUUAGGUGUUUCUUGUCAAAUGCUUUAACAAGCAACUGACCAUCUGAUUUUAGUAUAAUAAGUUGUAUUAACAACUGCGUCGCUGAGUGGAGGUAGGUGCCCGGGAUGUCCAGGGGCUUCCACCUAUGGCACGGCCAGCCCCUAGACAGAGUUACGCCCCCAUGGCUGGCAAACCCGCGCCCUCCAGCCAUGAGCCCCCACGCCAAUGGAACCAGGCACCCGUCACACUGAUAACAGUGGAAGACUUAAGGGGGGGAGGGAUGGGGGUAAAAGAAUGAUCCAAAGGCUAAACGAAGAGAAUGGCCGCCACGAAACAACUGUACUGAGCACAUGGAGGUGAUGCAAGCAAGGCUGACCGCGCUUGAGCCAAACGACCGACCGCUGACCACGCUCGCGCUCCUUGUUGUUAACUCUGUUAAAUAAAUAUUUAUUUAACCUCAUUUAUUGGGUUAGAGCCCUAUAAUGUGAUUUCUCAGAAAACUUUAAAAUAGUAAGUUAACGUAACUUGCAUGUGCAAACAACAAUGGAGAGUUCAGAUUUAAAAUAAAAUUUUUGCAUGUCCUAUCGUUUGUUGUUGUUCUUUUUUUCACUCAAAGAACUUAUUAAAAAUAAAAUAACUUUGAAUUAGGCUAGGGGUGGUCAGAUAUCGAUUCUUUUGGUACAGUCACUCCUGCCCCCGCAAAAAAAAGCCUGGAGCCCGGAGAGCCAAGAAAAGGAAGGAUUUCCUGGCUUUCUUGGAAAGCCUGGGGUGUCAUUCCAGGAAAAGCCUGGAGAGCCAAGAGUUCACUCUUGGCUUUCAUGGAAAGCCUAGAAUUUGUCUCAAGAGCAACAAAAGCCACGAAAGCCAGGAUUACUGAAAAUUUUCCUGUCUUUGAAGGAAAGGCUGGAGUGACUAACUGCAGUGUUGCCAAGAAUAGCCAAGAAAGCAAGGAAUGACAUUUACUGAAAUUUAAAUUUCCUGCCUUUCGAGGAGAGGCUCAAAACACACGCAACCACACAAGAAGUGUAGUAACAUCAGCAUAUAUCUAUGAGACCCUCCACUAAUACAUGUACUUGCACACAGUGAAAUGUUUAUUAACUGGACUUAAAAAUGGUUUGUCAAAGUUUUCUUUCUGUCUUUGUCAAGUCAGUAUUUGGUAUCUGCCCAAGGAAUUCUUAAUAGUAUAUGGAUUAUUUUGUUAUUCAAGGGUUAUUUGAAAAGAUCUGUUGAAACAAAUCUGUUUUCGUUUUAAAGAGGGAAAAUAAUAACGCAAAGUUUCUUCAGCUGAGUGCUGAAGAUGAACUCCUGACUAUGAUACCAAGCAAUGAUCAAUAUAAACAAUGUAAUUGCUAACCAAUCUUCUUUUAGAAUCAAUAAAAUUAAAGUAACGAUGAAGAAGAUGUUGUAAGCUCAAUUUUUUUAUUUUCCUGACCAUUUGUUUUUUGCUAGCUGGACUUUUGGAUUUCAGUGUGUAUUUGGUGGAGCAGGUUGUUCCUCUGUGCCAGGUGUACUUGCAUUUCUGUUUAUCCUGGGUUACAUCAUGGCAGUCAGUGGUUUUGCUCUGCUUCUGCGCUACUCUGAAGGAGCAACAUUGUUAGCUAUAGUGUUGGUGAGUGUACUUCAUUGUCCUUUAAUCCUUUCACUCAAUUUCAUUUGUUCCGUUAUACUACUACAUGAGAAAUAUCUGCAAUUUGAUUGGCUUAGAGCAGUGGUAUUUCAGCUUAAUUUGAAAUACCUACAUGUGAAAAUUACAGCUUUAUGGGUUUAGUAUAAACAAAUAAUAACAUGAUUGGUACGUGAUAUUUGGCAUAAAUACCACUCAUGAUAUUUCAAAAUUGUCUCAAAAUUUACUCGCCUAACGGCUUGUGAAAUUACAAAUAACAAUUUUGAAUUAUAUCACUUGUGGUAUUUAUGCCAAAUAUCACUACAAAUCAUGCUAUUACCUAUACUAAUUCAUAAAACGGUAGCGUGUGAAAUAUGGUCAUUAUUUAUUUAUUAAUCAUAACUAUAACAAAAUUCUUAAAUCUGAUUGGCUAUCAACUGCCCUGAUUUCAGCCUUAAUAGGACAGUUAAAUAGGACAGUAUGCGUCAUGCCUAAGUAAUUAGACAGUAUGCGCCAUCAGGCGUGUGCUUAAAUGGCUUUUUUGUUUCACUGCUAGCAAAAAAAUCUCGGAAUUUCUUGUCUUUUGAUUAAAAAAAGAGCCUCAUAUAUAUCACAAAUUUUGUUAAAGUAAUGAUUAAUUGGUAACAGAACCUCGUGUCGUCCAAUUCGGUCUGUAAUCAUACUCGUGAUUAAACAAAUCGGACUCCCGCUACGCGGUCGUCCAAUUUUGUUAAUCACUCAUAUGAUUACAGACCGAAUUGGACUCCACUCAGUCCUGUUACCAUUACUUAUUAUUUACUCAUUUACUAUUAUUGUGAUAAUCAUAGUUCCUUUGCCCGAGCACCCACUAGUGCAGGAAUUUCCUGAUUCAGCCCACGUUCGAUAUAUUAAAAUUCUAAUGUGACUCUGAGGCUUUUUUAUCCUUUUUUCUAUAUUUGGUUUGGUUUUCUUUGUGCUCAAGUCCCUUCUGGGAAUUGCGAAACAAUGGAGGCUUAAAAAGUUUGCAAUUUUGACCCUAAAGUCUCAGAGUCAUGUUAGAAUUUUAAUAUAUCGAACGUGGGCUAUUAAGUCAAAAGAGUUUUUUUUUUUGUGGGGGGGGGAGAUAGGGGAGGAAGGGGGGGGUUGAUUACCUUGAAUCAUAAACUCAACCUAGAGGGUCAGCAGAUGUCCUUAGUCUGAAGUAUCACUUGCCGUCCAUCCGUCUGCGUGGUUAGAACAACAAGCUGACAAACCUCCUGAACAAGCUUGGUGACAAGCCCAGGGUGUGAACGAUACUUUUAACUGAAGAGUGUUUUGUUUUCAUUUCAGUCAUUAUGCACUCCCCUAGGGUUUGUAUUCUGGAUGUUGUUUCAGGAGCACCCAUUCCACUGGAACCCAACUUUACACACAAGUUCAUGGUUCAGCAUUGCUGCCUUGCUAAUUAUGGUUCCUGCUGCUUUCAUAUACAACACGGGGUGA